GUGGGAGACGAGUUGGUGGUGCACUGCCUUCCUCCAGGUGGGAGAUGAGGUGGUGGUGCACUGCCUUCCUCCAGGUGGGAGACGAGUUGGUGGUGCACUGCCUUCCUCCAGGUGGGAGACGAGGUGCUGCACUGCCUUCCUCUAGGUGGGAGACGAGGUGCUGCACUGCCUUCCUCCAGGUGGGAGAUGAGGUGGUGGUGCACUGCCUUCCUCCAGGUGGGAGACGAGGUGCUGCACUGCCUUCCUCCAGGUGGGAGACGAGGUGCUGCACUGCCUUCCUCCAGGUGGGAGACGAGGUGCUGCACUGCCUUCCUCCAGGUGGGAGACGAGGUGCUGCACUGCCUUCCUCCAGGUGGGAGACGAGGUGCUGCACUGCCUUCCUCCAGGUGGGAGACGAGGUGGUGCACUGCCUUCCUCCAGGUGGGAGAUGAGGUGGUGGUGCACUGCCUUCCUCCAGGUGGGAGACGAGGUGGUGCACUGCCUUCCUCCAGGUGGGAGACGAGGUGCUGCACUGCCUUCCUCCAGGUGGGAGACGAGGUGGUGCACUGCCUUCCUCCAGGUGGGAG